UUGAAAGAACUUUGCGUGGAAUUUGCCGCUCGAUCGUUUGCUGUGAGAAAAGUUUGUGAAAAUCCCCUGGAAAAGACUGAAAAUGCAAUUCCAGAGUGCAAGAAAUAAGCGGGAAUCCUUCAUGACUCCACCAACGCUGCAAAAAUGCCUCAGCCGGGAGCUGCAGGAGGUGCUAAAUCAGCGAAAUCUCCUCACGGUUAAGUCGCGUCAGAAGAUGUGUCACCUUCUGGAUUCCCUGUCAACGGAGACGGAAGAGUGCGAUAAGAGACGUUCCCUGCGUCGUCAGGCUGUCCAGGAGAUUAUCUCAUCGGAACAGUCCUACAUGCAGCAGCUGAAGAUCCUGAUUGACUUCUUUGUGCGUCCACUGGAGAGUCAGCAGAUCAUUGACACUGCCACCCAUGGUACGCUCUUUGGGCACAUUGAGAUGAUGUUCAAUCUCAAUGGGGAACUUCUGCGGGAACUCCAGGAAGAUAGAGAUUGCGUAGCUGGUGCCUUCCUGAAGCUUGCACCCUUCUUCCGGCUCUACUCUGUCUAUGCCUUUGACUACAAGAAAGCCCUGCUGCGGUUGCAAGAGCUCACAGCCAAGAACACCGCCUUCCGGCAAUUCCUGGCCAACACCGAGAGUCGUCCGGAGGUGCAGACAAAGCUAAAUUCCCUCCUAAUCGCGCCGAUUCAGCGUGUUCCACGGUAUCGGCUCCUCCUGCAGCAGGUACUUCUCUACACAAGCCCAAGUGAUGGGGACUUUGCAGCUCUUCAAGCAUCCGUGAAGGAAGUGGAGACAACAGUGGAGCACAUUGAUUCCCUCGUGGAGGAGCAGGAGAACACUCAGCAGAUGAUUAAUCUCCAAAAUGCCCUUGUUAGUCGCACUCCGGCUAUUAUCAAGCCCGGAAGGCGCCUCUUCCGCGAGGGCGUCCUGGAGAAGGUCUCCAGCACUGGGGGGCACCUCAGACGUCACUGUGCCCUCAUGUCGGACAUCUUCAUGUACAGCAAAAUCCUCCGGGAGCGCUCAAAGGCAAAUCUCCCGGAGAACUCUCUCCAGUGCUGCUGCAUCUUCCCGCUGAAGAAGACAAAGAUCACUGAGCUCUUCCCUGGAACCUUUCGCAUCUCCUGCCAGGGGGAUGGUGUGAUCUUCCGCACGCUUGACAUGCUGGAGGGGCAAAGCUGGGUUGUGGCUAUGCAGGAAGCCAUUGCCAUGCACAUAGAGUUCCGGAAGACCCUCCGGAAGGAGUCAAGCAAACGCCGGCCACUGAGGCGGAAGAAGGAUGUCCGGAACUUUGAAUCAGACACAAUUCUCAGCCCCAGGAGGCGUGGGGAUUUUGAGAAUGUUUUCCGGACGCAUGUGGAGGGUGCUGAUGAAGCAGCAGAUGGGCAGAAAAGGACGUGCUUCCACCUCAAUCCCGUCAAUCUCCUGAAGCGUCGAACACAGGAGAGAACAUCCCACCAAAUGCCACCGAAGAAGAUUCUCCGGCAAAAGUCUCCAAUGAGGGAUGUUUUGUUUCCCCUGCGAGAGAUUCAAGAGCCGCAGAAUGCGGAGGAUUCAGCAGGAGGAAGGGAAACAGCAUCAGUGCGGAGACGGGUAACGUUCGAGGAUCCUCCUGUGAGUAGAAUAGCCAUGCUAGAGGAAUCCAGGACUUCCCAUCAGUACGAGGGGAUCAUUCCGAGAUUACCAAAUGUUUCCUCCAUCCGCGAUAGGAUUGUUAAUUUCCUCGCCAGGAUUUUUUAAAGCAUCACAAAAGGAUAAUUUUUGGGAAAUUUUCUUCAUUUUUUUGCAUUUUCCUGCAGCUACAGGGUGAGUCAGAAAAACUGCUGAAAUUUUAUUAUUUUUUUAUUUAUUUUAAAAUAAUAAUUUUUAUCCUUUGAAUUGUAUGAAAUUAACUUAAUUUAUUGAAUUUUUGGAUAAUUUUUUAUCCAGAAUAUUUAUUUUAUUUUAAAAGUUCAUUGAAUGAAAAAAAAAUUAUCAAAAUCGGACAAAAUAUUUUUUCUAUGAAUUUAAUAAGAAAAUUUAUUUUCUCUUACUUAAUUCAAUUUUUCAACGAAGUUUUUAAUUUUUUUUAUAUUUUAUUUAUCUCAAAUCGGCCAAGCGGUUUGUUUGUAAAAAUUAUAUGGCUUUCGAAAUUGCAAAAAAAAUUAUUUAAUUUAUACUGUUUUUUCCCCUAAUUUAUUUAAAUCGGCUUGAAGAUAAUAAUCCUUAAAAAAAAUUAAUUUUAAUAAAAAGUGAAAUAAAAGAAUAAAAAACAA